CUGCAUUCAUGGUCAAGCCGAGCGCUACCAGCGGCGAUUGCUGCGAACUGCAAGUUACUUUGGUUUGCUUUGGACGACGUAGCGGCCUCAAGUUAACCGGCGACCGGCUUGAAAACGGAAUUCAAUUCUGGUGCCUGCAGCAUGGGUGGCGGCCGAGCCCGCAAAGGCGGCAGCAAUGGUGGGGGAGCGGAAGAGGCACCAGCUCGGGCCAAGAUGAGUGCUCCUGGUGAAGCACAGCAGGUGGCCCUGGAACGGGUGAAUACAGCGAGGAAAUCCUUUCCUGCCACUUGUGAGACCCACAAGAAGCACAGGAAAAGGUUCUUUCGUGGAGGCACCUAUGGUCUAUACCUGAGUGUCUCUCGGCGCAAACGGCGUCACCGCAAGGCCGGCUCAGACGAAAGUGGCACUUCUAUGGAUGGGGAGGCAGCUGCACCUGAAGCGGGCAAGGAGAACAGCUGCCCUGCACCUGAAGCAGAGGCUCCAGCAGAGGAGAGUGCGAGUGAAGGAAACUCGCAGAAUGGGGUCCAGCCUGUGGAGGGCUCUGCUGGUUGGGGCCAUGAUUCAAGCAUUGCUUCUAGUGUCAAGAGUCGACAGCGAGUGAAGCGGCGCCUAAUGGAUGACCAUGUUGAUGUGGAUGAAGUGAGCCUCUGCUCAUCCAGCAGUCCACCUGACGGACCUGGCAAGAAAGUUCCUCCACGCAAAGGUAUUAAUGGUGGUGGUCCCUUCUGCCAGGCAGACCUCAAUUGUGUUCGUCUAGAGGUUGUGUGGGAUAGCGAGUCACCGUCAUGCCAGCGGCCGUGCUGCUGCACAGAGCCAAGUAGGCCUGCAACAGAGAAUCAGUCACAUUGCCAAGGUCUCGACUCCUUGCAAGGCAGGGUUGUGGGAUGCACACGACCACUUAGGUCGCAGCAACUAGGACGUGCUUCAGUGCGGAUGCCUUUUGGAGCCUUCUGUGGGGCCCACCAGCAUCGGCUGCGGCUGCACCACUGCUGUCCCCACUGUGGCCUCUUCUGCACUCAAGGUCAUUUUGUGAUGUGCAGCCAAGGGCACCUGUGGCACAGCCAGUGCCAGCUGAAAGGUCACUCAGAGGAAAGCUGCCCCCAUUGUGGAUGUGAUAUAUUUCAGCCUGUGCGCCUUGAAGCUCUUGGCUGUCCCCUCUUCCAGACAUCCCAGCAGUGCUGUGCAUCAGGUCCUCGGGCACGUAUAUCGCUCCCAAAGCCAAAGCCUCCAGCAUCGAGUAAUGAGAAAGGAGACCCAGGAAAAUUGAAGGAGACCCAGGAGAGUGCAGCCACUGUUGAGAAGCCUCCAAUAUCACCUGGACGCAAGGAAUUAGACCAGUUGGCACGGCAUCUGCGGCAGGCUGCUUCAUCCACUAGUGGUCGUCCAGUUCCACAAGGCGCUGCGGGAACAUCUGUCUUGCUGGCUGCCUGCCGUCAAGGCGAUGUUGAUAGAGUUGUUCACUGCCUUUCUGGCCGAGAUAUUGGCCCAGCAGACUAUGGAGCCUUGCAUGCAGCUGCCCAAGGAGGACAUCUAAUCCUGGUUCACAUGCUCCUUCAGGUGGGCCUUUCCGUUAACCAAAGCGACGAUCAACUGUACACGCCUCUGAUGAGGGCUGUGGAUGCUGGAGCCUGUGCUGUUGUGGAGUACUUACUGAAAGCCGGUGCUAAUGCUCAUGCCAAGGGUGAAGAUGGUAUGAGCUGCCUGCACUUGGCUGCUCGGUGUGGCAGCCUGCAACUUUGUCACGUGUUCCUGGAUGCAAAACUGCCUGUAAAUGAUCAGGAUGAAGGAGGAUGGACACCAUUGGUGUGGGCCACAGAGCAUCGGCGAGUCGAUGUGGUCCGACUUCUGCUAUCCAAGGGAGCAGACCCAAACCUCAGGGAUACUGAGGAAAACACAGCACUACACUGGUCUGCCUUCUCAGGCAAUGUGGAGAUUUCGUGGAUGUACCUGGAGCGCGGCUGUGAUCCCAAUGCCAGCAAUGAGCGUGGUGACACCCCUCUGCACGUGGCUGCAAGGCAGGACAACUAUGAUGUGGUGGUGUUGCUGCUGAACCACAAGGCUCGGUUUGAUGCUCCAAACAAGCUUGGUGACACACCAUUGGCAUGUUGUAAGGAUGACAAAGCCACAAGCUACUCCUUGCUGAGCAUCAACCAGAUGCUUGGGCAACUGCUAAAGAGCAAGCUGCGUAUUGAGCGUGAACUUCUCAGGGACAUCAGCAAGGGCAAGGAGCCACAUCCAAUCUCAUGUGUCAAUGGAGUUGAUGAUGCACCUGCUCCGACUGACUUCAUGUAUCUGCUUGAGAACUGCCAGACAGCUGCUGUUCCUUUGGACCGCUCCAUCAAUGCCUUGCAGAUUUGUAAGUGCGAAGACAAAUGUGCAUCACCAACUUGUGUCUGUUCGAACAUCAGUUACCAGUGCUGGUAUGAUGAGGAUGGCUGUCUUGUUCCAGAAUUCAACUUACUUGAUCCCCCAAUGCUGUUUGAGUGCAACAGGGCAUGUCACUGUUGGAAUGACUGCCGCAACCGAGUUGUCCAGAAAGGCAUCACGUGUCAUCUUCAGCUGUUUCGGACACAAGGAAAAGGCUGGGGUGUUCGCACUUUGCAGGAUAUUCCCCAGGGUGCAUUUGUAUGCGAGUACAUUGGAGAGAUGCUCUCCGAUUCAGAGGCAGAUAAGCGAGAAGAUGACUCAUACCUGUUUGACUUGGAAAAUCGGGAUGGAGAAACAUACUGUCUGGAUGCCCGGCGUUAUGGCAAUGUGAGCCGGUUUGUGAACCACCUGUGUGAGCCAAACCUUGUGCCUGUACGAGUUUUUGUGGACCACCAGGACCUGCGGUUUCCUCGAAUGGCCUUCUUCAGUUCACGGCCCAUUGCUCGCAAUGAAGAACUGGGGUUUGACUAUGGGGAAAAAUUCUGGAUAAUUAAGUACAAAAUGUUCACAUGUGAGUGUGGCUCGCCGAAGUGCAAGUAUUCCAAGGAGCGCAUUGGUGAGACCCUCCUCAAUUACCGGCGCCGAGAAGAGGCUGCUCAGGCUGGCGGGACCCACUAGCCACUAGUGCACCUGUGGCGUUCACUGCCAUUUUAGGUCUAUUCCUGUAUAUCAGUGGUGUUUGAUUGCUUACUAGUAUUUUACGCAAGCUGCGAUGGGUAAGCAGAAUGAGCACCCUUGGUAAGUUGGUACUGAGGGUACAUAGAGAGCUGUAUGUAUUCAUUUUAUCCUGUAUCUCCCAGACAUUAGUUAGCAAUGUCAUUAUUUUACCACAAGCCAGAAAAGGACUUACUGUGCUUGUUCGUUCCUCAUGUUUGCCUCAGGCAGGUGUUGAUAAUGUUAAGAAAUAAAGGUAUCAAGCCCACGGUUUUACCACUGCA